AUGCAGGACAUUAAACUGACAGCCAUUGCGAUGGCCUGUCUUGCGCUGUUCCCAGGCUAUGCGACUGCUUUCUGGCGUCUUCCUUGCCGUGGAAGAUCUGGUCUCGCCCGUAUAGAUCCCAUUGUGGAGCCGGGUGAGGUCUCAUCUCACGCCCACGCCGUUCAUGGAGCUGGAGGCUUUGGCAUGAGCUCCAGCCAGGCAGAGCUGCGCAAUUCUGAUUGCACCUCAUGCGCAGUGACUGAAGACAAGUCUGCUUACUGGGCCCCUGCGUUGUACUUCAUGCACACCAAUGGAAGUGCCCAGGUAGUUGACGAGGUUGGAGGAAUGCUUGCCUACUACCUUCUGUAUGGAGAGGAUAUUCAUGCCUUCCCAGAUGACUUCCGCAUGCUGGCAGGUGACCCCUUCCAGCGCAACUUUACCUGGCCAGUUCCCGACCCUCCCAAGUCCGAGUGGACUGGUAAGCAGGCUUCACAGGCUGCUUUGCGCCAGAAGGCUCUUGGUUUCAACUGCCUGAACUAUGCGAAAGCCCCCGAAGACUCCCUCCACCGCCACCACAUGCCCGAUAAGGCCUACCUCGAUGAGCAUUGCACUGAUGGAAUCCGAUUCGAGUUGAUGUUCCCAUCUUGCUGGAAUGGCAAGGAUGCCGACUCCCACGACCACAAAUCCCACGUUGCGUACCCAUCUCUUGUUAUGGACGGUACCUGCCCCGAGGGUUUCGAGACUCGCCUGGUAUCACUCUUCUACGAGACUAUUUGGGACACCUACGCUUUCAAGGGCGUCGAUGGAUAUUUCGCCCUUGCCAACGGCGAUCCCACUGGAUACGGAUACCACGGUGAUUUCAUGAACGCUUGGGACGAUGGUGUGCUCCAGAAGGCCAUUGAAACCUGCACAAGCGAGUCAGGCGUUGUUGAGGAGUGCGGAGUCUUCACCGUUCAGUCGGAGGAUGACCAGCGCCAGUGUCAGUUCCCCAUUCCAUCCGAUAUCGAGCACGAAAACUGCCACAUGCACGAGGACGGAUUGCCUGGCGGUAUGCCUGUCGAGUGGGGUCCAGCCCGAGCCUCGAUGAAGGGCCACCACGCUGCACCCACCACUACCAAUUUGAUUACUCUUCCCACCAUUUCUGUUGGUGAUAUUUCGAUUGAUCCCAACACCUGGCUUGACAACCUCAAGGGGCCCAGCACUACCGAAGCUGCUACCACUGCUUUCACUACCACCUCGACUCCCUCGCCAACCCCGACCCCCGUCACAUCUACUAUUAUCGAUCCUAUCACUGAAGAGAUCAUCUAUCUCCAACGUGAUGUUGUCGUCCUCUGUGAUGGAAAUGGCGAGAACUACUCGACUAGCACUGGCCCCCUACGGACUGUCUCCUCCACCAUUACCACUAUUAUGGAAACCUCCACCGCCGUUUCCUACGUGAAGAAGGACACUGUCCCGGAACCUGUGGAACCGGAGCAUGCUGCCGGCCAUGCCCGCAGACACCUUCACCACCGUCACGGUCACAACUAG